AUGGCGUCUCUAACCUCAUCUCUGCAGGCUCUGAAGCUCUCGUCUUCCCCGUUUACCCAUGGGUCCACUCCACUCUCUUCUCUCCCCAAGCCCACACUCUUUCCGAUCCAUAGGAGAUCGGGUUUAGUUCCGGCGAUCCGAGCAAUGAAGACGAUGCAAGGGCGCGUGGUGUGCGCAACGAGCGACAAGACAGUGGCGGUGGAGGUGGUGAGGCUGGCUCCACACCCGAAAUACAAGAGGCGCGUGAGGAAGAAGAAGAAGUACCAAGCCCAUGACCCUGAUAAUCAGUUCAAGGUUGGUGAUGUUGUGAGGCUUGAGAAGAGCAGACCCAUCAGUAAAACCAAAUCAUUCGUCGCUCUUCCUCUCCCCAAGAGGAACGAUCUUGGAAUUCCGAUGGAAUCUCAGCAAACUUGA